GGACGAUUCACCCUUGUAUCCCGGUUGAACUGGACGGUUCGCGGGAUUCCCUCUGUUAACUUUAGGCCUAUUCCAAUAGUUCAGACUUCAAGGCAAUUUUGCCCUUUUCGAAUUAACUAAUCACACUAUUCAACCCAUGCCUCAGACAGAAAUGUAAACUAAAAUACCAACGCCCCCACUCAACUCAUCCCUCAAGUCUCUAACUGUCGUCAGUCACUCUCAGGCCAGCCGGCGUCCGCUGCUCGGUUCUCGCAGGCGUCGCAACCCACAGCCCUCAGCCGGCUACUCACUGCCCGCAGCCCGCUGCCUACUGCCUACUGCCCACUGCCGACGCUCGCUAGUCGCGCCUCGAAGAUGGGGGGAGUAUUUUUGGGUAUGCCAGGAACGUGGGCAGGUAAUAUGCACGAAGCUGCUGACCAUUAUACAACAAAAAUCGGUGGACUUCCUGAUUGGCCUAUUCCUCUUCCUUCAGCAAGUGUUGAUUUAUUCAAAUGCAGUGCUUGUAGAAGUGAUUUGUCUCUUCUUGCACAGGUUUAUGCCCCAAUCUCACAUAAGAGUUUGAACAUUGAAGAGCGUGUAAUCUAUGUUUUUUGCUGUUUAAUGCCAGAAUGUGGGAGCUCUACUGUAAGCUGGAGAGCUCUUAGAAUCCAAAAGUCUGUAAAUGGUGAAGGUUUAAAGAGCCAGUCUGAUAAGGCUGUCUCCUCGUCUGCAUCUUCUGUAUCAGAUUCAAAGGAAGAAUGCAAGAGGGAUAUAUCGUCAUCUGACUCUUUGGAAGAGGAUGAUGAUGAAGAUGAUGAUGACAUAGACCUUGCUGAGUUGGGGAGAGCACUCUCUGAAGCUGCAAGCCUAGCUUCGCAAUCCAAGAAACAAAACCAUGGUCGUAAAUUAACUGCCAAAACUUCAUCCCCUGUCUGUGCAGACAGAGUAAUUGAUAAAAAGUUACCAGUGGUUCCUUGCUUCUAUAUAUAUGCUGAGGAAGAGAAACUUCCAAAAAAGGAUGCUUCUGUCUGUUCAAAAAAUAUCUCAUCUCCAAUCAAGGACCAUGAAAGUGAUCCUGAUACUAAAGAAGAAACAUGGGAGGUGGAAGAUUAUGAGUACGAUAGGGCAUUGAAUGCUGACAGGGUUUACCUUAAGUUCAAAAAGCGAGUAGAUGCAUAUCCAGAACAGUGUUUCAGAUACUCAUAUGGUGGAAGGCCGCUUUUGGCUUCUGAAGAUGCUGGUAAUCCAGGGAUGUGCAGGCUUUGUGGUGCAGCACGUCAAUAUGAAAUGCAGCUGAUGCCCCCAUUGCUGUAUUUUCUGCAGGAAGCCGUGAGCGAGAAAGAAAAACAUGCCUUGGAUAACUGGAAUUGGAUGACUUUAAUAGUGUAUACUUGCUCACAGAACUGUUCAAACGAUAACACUAGCGAUGAUGGCUGGACUGUGGCUGAGGAAGUUGUUGUCGUACAGUAUGAAUAGCAUCGAUUAAGAUAUGCUCCUGUACUAUCAAUAGAGUUUAAAAUAUGCUCUUGUCAUACUUUUUUUAGGAUUAUUGUUUGAAAUGAGGGAAGUUCACUAGCCUGAGUUCAAAGCCAAUAUACUGAACUCUAUGCUAUUGUCUGUUAUCCUUUUUAACAUUUUAAGCUUGUUAAAUCUAUAUCAUGUAUUUAUUUCAAUCUUCUUCACCUUC